UCCAACAUGGCGGCCGCAUGAGCACGUACAUGUGGAUUUUGUACACAGUGAAGAAAAUGCAAUUUUCAUGCCAUCGCAUCGAUUGUUAAGGACAAUAUUUACUCAAUACUUGGACAAAAGAAUCGUUACUUUGAGAAAAAUCUAAUUCAGAGCAGAAAUGCCGCACAGAAAGAAGAAGUCGUUUAUCGACAAGAAGAAUGCGGUGUCCUUCCACCUGGUGCACAGGAGUCAGAGGGACCCCCUGGCCGCCGACGAGAAGGCCCCGCAACACGUGCUGCUGCCCGCCAAUAAGGUGGAGGUGGAGAAGCGUCGUGAAGAGCAGCGUAACUUUGGCGUGUUCUUCGAUGACGACUACAACUACCUUCAGCACCUGAGGGAGACCCAGCAGCCCACAGAGCUGGUGGCCUCCUCCUUCCCCCGCAAGGCCGCCCUCCCCCUCUCCCGGCGCACUGAAGAGGGGGGCAGUGAUGAAGAGGAAGAGGAGGAGGGUGAGGAGAUGGAGAUGGAGGUCCAAGUCAUCCCAGCUGCAUCCAUCAACUUGCCCUCCUCAGUGUUUGCCUCCGAGUUUGAGGAGAAAGUCGGGCUCCUCAACAAGGCUGCACCCAUCUCAGGCCCCAGACUGGACAUGGAUCCAGACAUCGUGGCCGCUCUGGACGAAGACUUUGAUUACGACGACCCAGAGAACAUGCUGGACGAUGACUUUGUGGUCCAGGCCAACUCCGCAAAAGCUACUGGUGAUGGCGACGAUGAUGAUGAUGAAUGGGAGGAUACGGAUGAAGAUGAGAGUGGCGAGGAAGAGGAGGAGGGCGACUGCGACUCGAUGGGUGGCUUCUCGAACGAGGAUGAGGAAGGGCGGCGGGAGUUCCUCUUCAUGAAGGAGGAGACGAGGAGUCGCUUCACCGAGUACUCCCUCACCUCCUCAGUCAUGAGACGCAACGAACAGCUCACACUACUGGACGACCGCUUCGAGAAGUUCUUCGAGCAGUUUGACGAUGACGAGAUCGGUGCUCUGGACAACGCUGAGCUGGAGGGCUUUAUCAACCCAGACAGCGAGAGACUGAAGGAGGUGCUAAAGGACUACUUCAAGCAGAAGGAACAGGAUUGUCAGAAGCUGGACAACCUGGGUCCUAAAGAGCUGUCUGCGGUGAACGAGGAAGACGAGGACGAGGAGGAGGAAGAGGGGGAGAUGGAGACCAUCGUGGUAGAGGCGCCGCAGGAGAAGUGGGACUGCGAAACCAUCAUCAGCACGUACUCCAACCUGUACAACCGCCCCAAGAUCAUCGAGGAACCGCCUAAGCAGUCGAAGGGGGCGGCAGUCCGCGUGUCCGGCAAGACGGGGAUCCCCCUGGAUGUGCUGCCUCGCCGGGGCCCCACCGCCAAGCAGGUGGAACGCAUGGAGCGCAUCAACGACUCGGACCUGCCCCGCGCCGCGACUCAGCCGCGAGUGCGCCAGGAGGACAAGGAGGAGCGCAAGGCACGCAAGCAGGCCAUCAAAGAGGAGAGAAAGGAGCGUCGUACGGAGAAGAAGGCCAACAAGGUGGCCUUCAAGCAGGAGAAGGCCCUUCAGGAGAAGCAGAUGCUGGGCAUCAGGGCCAACGUGCAGGGACUCAAACUCUCAUAAGGACAUGGACAACAAGAACGACAGACAACAAGGACAACAACAAACAAACAAACAAAUAACCAACUGAAACACAAACUGCAGUGACCGAAGCAGCAAACAAGAGACUAUGAUAACCAUCAGCAACAAAAAUGACGACAAAAAAAACCUGAAUCCUGAACGUCAUCUUAUCAACGUCAAUGGUGAUGAGAACAACAUAAAUCAAUAAUAGACACAUGCUGGCCUUGAAGCAGUAAGGGUCAACCUGCCCUGGGGUAUGCUAAGAAGCCGGUUUAGUAGUAAACCAGGUUAUGAUAACCUUGUGGUAGAGGUAAAUCAUCUAAUAGAAGAGCCUGGAGUCCUCAUUUUCUUAACUAAAUUAUGCUUACAGGUAUAUCUAUUAGCAGGCGUGCCACUUCCUGUAGAACCUACAGUGUAGGUUAACUAAGGCUGGAUCUCAAAUGGCACACUUGUGCACCUCGGGCACUGUGUUUCAGUGCGUAACUAAUACGGCAUACGCACUGAAACAUGAACACUAAAGUGCACAAGUGCACCAUUUCAGAUUCAGCCCAAGUCUAGUUUAUCACUUAACCACGUUCUUAGUAAAACCCCCCUUGUGUCGGAAGUGCCUCAUACCCACUGGACUCAGGACGAGAUUCACAAAAAAAAUAUGGAAUCACUGAUACUUCCUGACUGGAUUCGAGGAAACAAGAGACAUCGAAUAACUGUGGGACUGUGGAUGAGUAAGAAUGCCCUAGCAACAUAGGCGGACUCCCACAUGUGUGUGUGUGCGUGUGUGUGUGUGCGUGUGUUCUUUUUUCUGGGACCUGUAGGAGACAGCCGGUCCUCUCUGUAUUUAAUUUGUAUUAAACAUCUUAUAUCAAAACCA